AUGGCUCAUUCCUUUAAAGAGAGGAUUUCCUGCCUUUUCUGUGCACGUUAUCUGGAAAAGCCCGUGUACUUGAAAUGCGGUUAUACCUGCUGUCUCCGAUGCACUGACACCCUAGAGAGAAGUCCCGACGGGGAGGGCAUACUGUGUCCCCAUUGCUCUGUCGUCUCUUUGAAGGAAGACAUCCUACCUGCUAUGCAGUUAGAGCGCCUGAUUACCAAGGUCAAAAAACUCGAGCCGUGGAUGAAGCAUAUUCUAAAAAUGAACCCCAGGUUGAAGAUAUUUCAGGUGCACAUGACCUUGGAUCCGGACACGGCCCACGACCGCCUCAUCAUCUCUGAUGACCUGAUGAGUGUCUACUGUUCGUCUAAGAGGCAGGACCGGAAAGAGUGUGCAGAGAGAUUCCAGGUCUCCACCUGCGUCCUGGGCUCCUCGCGGUUCACUUCGGGCCGGCAUUACUGGGAGCUGGUGGUGGGAAGGAGCAAAGAGUGGGACGUGGGCGUUUGCAAAGACUCGGUUAACCGGCAGGAGCCAAUUAACCUGACGGAAGAGCACGGAUUCUGGACUGUGGGUGUCAGGGGUGGAGAGGUCUACGCUGCCUGCACUGAACCCCUGACCGUGCUCAUCGUGAACCCUCGGUUGCACAGGGUGGGGAUUUUCCUUGACCUCGUAAGGAAGAGCAUUUCCUUCUGGGACCUGAGCGAUGGCUCGCACAUCUUUACGUUCUUUAACAUCUCUGACACGGAUCCACUUCGCCCAUUCUUUGCUCCGGCGAAUUCCUAUCCUGAUGAUCCAAAAGAAGCCCUCGCUAUCUGUCCCGUGUUAAAUCCAGGCAUUUUCAGGCGUCCAGCUAACCCCGAACAAGGAAAAUGA